AUGGCAUCCAACCCACACGAUCCCUCAGCGGAUCUUAAAAACAGGACACAAGUCGCCCCAUCAACGUCACAUAUCGACCCCGCCCUUUCCCAUUUCACAGAUCCCUUCUUUGACCCGGUCGACUACCUCAAUAAUAUACUCCCUCCACUUUCAAUAUCCCAAUCCCAGCCCCAAUCCCAGCUCCGACCAGAAGUCACUCCGGUCUGCCUCGCCGCUCUCUCCACUCAAACACAAUCCCUCGUUACCCAGCUCAGCGCGCAGAAUGCACGGUUGUCAAAUACCCUAACACAGUUGACGGAUGAGAUACUGCGUAGCGGUGGGCGGUUGGCGUAUGAAGUUGAGGUGUUGAGGGGGGAGGCAAUGGGGUUGACUGAGGCGUUGGGGGAAGGGUUGGUGGGGGAUAUUGGGAAGUUUGUGCCGGAGGGGGAAAUGGUGGUUGCAUCUACAGCUUCUGCUACGGCUGCGGGGACGGAAGAGAAAGAAGAAAAGGAGGAUGCAGGAGAAGUGGAAGAUUCCACCCGUACACAACAGGCGCAACACGAUCAAGCACAGGAGAAGGAAUCGGAAACACAAAUCCAAACAAAUCCCCUGGACCCCAUCUGCCUCACCCAGCUCCGCACACUAACCCACGUCCGUGCCCGGCUUGAACAAGUGAUACACACCUUCAACGAAGCCAUGGAAUGGCCCCUUGCACCCUCCGAAACUUCACUAGCGUCAUCGUUCAUCUCCGUCUCAGCGCCAGAGCCGGUCACGGAGAAUCAGCAUAGUCGUGAAGAGAAGGGAAAAGAGGUGGCGAAGAAGCUGCGAGCGGAGGUUGUCGAGUUGCUUAAUGGAGGGGAGGGUGGUAGAAGUGGCGGUGGGGGGGUUGAGGCAGCGGCGAAGAAGGUGGAGGCUCUGAGGGAAUUGGCGGGCGUGUGGAAGGGGACAGCGGAGGAGAAAGCUAGGAUGAGGUUUGUGGAGGGGUUGGGGAAGUUGGUUGAGGAGAGGAGAAAGGCUGCGGUCGCUGAGCGGGAGAGGGAGAGGAAGGCUGCUGGUGGGGUAGGUGGGAUGCGUGAGGAGGGAGAUACAAGGGAUGAUAGCAGAGGGAGUCAGGAUAGCACUUCUACCACUAGCACUACGGCUGGUGGUGGUGGCGGCGGAGGCGGAGCAGCUGGUGGGCUGUUUCGAAAUCUACAGCGCUUGCGGGAUGAGAUAUAUCUCGAUUGA